CUACGUUUCAGAGAGCUAUCGACAAGAUGCCGGACGAGGAACAAGAUGCAUUGGAUGCGCUAGAGAAGGAGGCGUCGGACUUUACCAAGGACGCAGAGAUUGAUCGCAUUCGCAAGGCAUUCCAGCUAGACGCAUACUCCGUGCUAGACCUCCAACCCGGUGUCGCCGAAUCCGACAUCAAAAUCCAAUACCGCAAAAAGUCCCUCCUCAUUCACCCCGAUAAGACCAAGAACCCUGCCGCCCCAGAUGCCUUCGAUCGUCUCAAGAAAGCACAAACCGCGUUGCUAGAAGAGAAAUCUCGCACGUACCUGGACGAGUGUAUCGCCGACGCGCGACGACUCCUUAUCCGCGAGCACAAGUACACCCUCGACUCCCCGGAGUUAAAGACCGAAGAAUUCAAGAAGGAAUGGCGACAGAAGACGGUACACGUGCUAUUGGAGGAAGAAGCGCGACGCCGGCGACAGGCUAAGGCGAAGUUGCAGGAAGAAGGACGGGAGCGGCGCAAGGAAGAUGAGGAGAUUGAGGAGCGGAAACGGAAACGCGAUUCAGAUAAGGCUUGGGAAGAUACGCGGGAAGAGCGAAUAUCGACUUGGCGAGAUUGGCAAAAGGGGCGGAAGAAGAGUGGUGAGGAUGGAGAGGGCAAGAAGAAGAAGAAAAAGAUGAAAGUUCUGGGAUAAUCGACUGUAUUCUUUAUAUUCUUAGUAGCGACUCGGCGUUGGAUUGUUUUUGAAUGAGAAUUGAUAACCACAAGC